AUGGCGCCUUCUAAGGAGCUCGAGCCCGGCUCCCCGACCGGCGGUGGGCCUCCUCCCACGGACAAAACCAAUACCAGCAACGCCAGCACCAACGCCGCCAGCUCCGAACCCCAGGUCUCUAGCAACGACUUUGCGCAACCUCCCCCUGGCUCGGUCAAGCUUGUCUACCCUUCCCCGAGCCCUAUCUACCUUAUCGACCUAUUCCCCGUCGCCCCCAGUCCCCAAGUCCCGAUCUUUCGGUCAAUUCAACUGCAGGGACAUUCGUCCGUAGUGGGCGCGGGGCCCUGCAAGAAAUGGAUGAUUUUUGAGGUCUGGGCUGUCGUGGCUGCUUUUCACCUGCAGUUAUCGGGUGACCUUUGGGCAUGCGACUGCGACCUGUCUCUUCGGUUCCCCUGGGGCCUAGGUCUUGCAGGGAAAUGGGACCUGAUUCUCAUCUACGAAUAUUUCGUCGAUCGGGAGCUUAAUCGCUUUUGUGCCCUGGCUAACAUGGUUGCGGUGAACUGGAAGUGGUGCGCGGUGCUUGAAGCGAAUGCGACACACCAGGGCGCCGUCCGGCUCGUUGAUGGCUUCAUGUGGCGUGUCCGCCAUUACUUCAUCCGUGUCGUCGACGACACCCUUUGCCGAUCCAGACCACAGGAUUGUUCGCGAAAUGCCAUCCUCCUCCCUCUCGACAUGUCCAGGCCCAUCGAGAUUCGAUAUCCGAAACUCACCCAAGCAUCGUAUUUGCCGGUCUCUUUCUCUUGGCCUAUGCCCAUCACCUCAGCUCGCUUAGGAGCCUGUCAGGCAUCUCCCUCGAAAUCCAGCACUCGGCUUGUUCCAGUAUCCAACGGAUCCUCGCAAAGAACAAACUACCCUGACGAGUCCACGCCUACCAACAAGAUGCAAGAGGCAACCCAAUACUUGCCCCCGGGCCUCGGGCCAACUUACCAUUUAUGGCUGCACCCCUCCAUGCUUUCAUCAAGUGCCUUGCAGACACUGAAUAUGGAAAAUGACCUCAUGUGUCCUGUAUCCUGCGUCCUGCGCCCAGUGGCCCAGGCAGGGCCAGACCCAGGACCGCCCGCCCGCCUUAGUGGAGGUGAGCAAGCCGCGACAGCUCUGGAAGCGAACCUGUCCAAGCUCGAGAGCAAGCUCGACGAACUACUCGCCGGAUUCACCGACCCAGAGUCCCUCCGCGCCCAGCUUGCUGCUCUGGACACCGGGGACUCGGAACCUGUAGGGUCUAACCGGGAGAAGAAUACGAAGAACACGGAGGAAGAGAGCAACAAUGGCCCCUCGAAGGGCGCGGAUGCGGGUGGUGCCCAUUCGUUCCAUAGAUCAUUUUACCCAAGCCAGGAGGAGACCAGUAGACAUAGCACCAUACCACCAGACGAGUCGAGUUCAGCGGGUGUGGUUACUGCGGUCAUUACAUCCUACCUUUUCUACCUUGGCGUCCACGUCUCAUCCAUCUUUGCAGCCAAGGUAGCCAAGGUAGCCAAGGCCACCCUUCUCCUGGACCAAACCCCGAUCUACAGAUGA